AUGGCGCUGUUUUUUUUUUUUUGUGUGUGGUGGCGGGUGUGUGUCCUGGAGGUGGCGCCCAAGGCCGCCGCCCAUGACACGGGGUUCGGGACGCCCCAAAACGGCACCCCCCUCACAACGACCUGGGCACCCUUGGGCUUCCAACUAACGCUAUAUAAGUAUCAGUUUCUGUACUUUAUUGGUAUGCGAAACUUCCGGGACCCGUCUUCCGGCAACAUUUUGGGUGCGCCAUGGCGCUGUUUUUUUUUUUUUUGUGUGUGGUGGCGGGUGUGUGUCCUGGAGGUGGCGCCCAAGGCCGCCGCCCAUGACACGGGGUUCGGGACGCCCCAAAACGGCACCCCCCUCACAACGACCUGGGCACCCUUGGGCUUCCAACUAACGCUAUAUAAGUAUCAGUUUCUGUACUUUAUUGGUAUGCGAAACUUCCGGGACCCGUCUUCCGGCAACAUUUUGGGUGCGCCAUGGCGCUGUUUUUUUUUUUUUUGUGUGUGGUGGCGGGUGUGUGUCCUGGAGGUGGCGCCCAAGGCCGCCGCCCAUGACACGGGGUUCGGGACGCCCCAAAACGGCACCCCCCUCACAACGACCUGGGCACCCUUGGGCUUCCAACUAACGCUAUAUAAGUAUCAGUUUCUGUACUUUAUUGGUAUGCGAAACUUCCGGGACCCGUCUUCCGGCAACAUUUUGGGUGCGCCAUGGGGCUGUUUUUUUUUUUUUUGGGGGGGGGGGCGGGUGUGUUUCCUGGAAGGUGGCGCCCAAGGCCCCCCCCCAGACACGGGGUUUGGGACGCCCCAAAAAGGGACCCCCCUUAAAAAGGACUGGGGCACCCUUGGGGUUUCCAAUAAAGCUAUAAAAGUUUCAGUUUUUGUACUUUAUUGGUAUGGGAAAAUUUCGGGACCCUUUUUCCGGCAACAUUUUGGGGGGGCCCCAGGGGGCUGUUUUUUUUUUUUUUGUGUGUGGUGGCGGGUGUGUGUCCUGGAGGUGGCGCCCAAGGCCGCCGCCCAUGACACGGGGUUCGGGACGCCCCAAAACGGCACCCCCCUCACAACGACCUGGGCACCCUUGGGCUUCCAACUAACGCUAUAUAAGUAUCAGUUUCUGUACUUUAUUGGUAUGCGAAACUUCCGGGACCCGUCUUCCGGCAACAUUUUGGGUGCGCCAUGGCGCUGUUUUUUUUUUUUUUGUGUGUGGUGGCGGGUGUGUGUCCUGGAGGUGGCGCCCAAGGCCGCCGCCCAUGACACGGGGUUCGGGACGCCCCAAAACGGCACCCCCCUCACAACGACCUGGGCGCCCUUGGGCUUCCAACUAACGCUAUAUAAGUAUCAGUUUCUGUACUUUAUUGGUAUGCGAAACUUCCGGGACCCGUCUUCCGGCAACAUUUUGGGUGCGCCAUGGCGCUGUUUUUUUUUUUUUUGUGUGUGGUGGCGGGUGUGUGUCCUGGAGGUGGCGCCCAAGGCCGCCGCCCAUGACACGGGGUUCGGGACGCCCCAAAACGGCACCCCCCUCACAACGACCUGGGCACCCUUGGGCUUCCAACUAACGCUAUAUAAGUAUCAGUUUCUGUACUUUAUUGGUAUGCGAAACUUCCGGGACCCGUCUUCCGGCAACAUUUUGGGUGCGCCAUGGCGCUGUUUUUUUUUUUUUUGUGGGUGGUGGCGGGUGUGUGUCCUGGAGGUGGCGCCCAAGGCCGCCGCCCAUGACACGGGGUUCGGGACGCCCCAAAACGGCACCCCCCUCACAACGACCUGGGCACCCUUGGGCUUCCAACUAACGCUAUAUAAGUAUCAGUUUCUGUGCUUCAUUGUCGCUUUCCCGCUCCGUUUUUGCGCUUUUUUGCGUGCAAACAAUGUACCCAUCCGCUUGCAGAGGACAAUCCGGCAGGAGGACCUCUAUCCCAGAUCCUGCGGGCACCCCCCCUCCUUACCAAGAAAAGUGGCGGGAAGGAACCCGCGCGACCGAAACACGUGGACAGCGAAGCCGUGCUGA